AACGCUCUGCUCCACGGUAGCGCAGCUGCGACGGUGACGCCGGGUUCCAGUCUGCACCCGCCCGGCUGCUGGAACGAUUCCUCCCUCUUCAGAAGCCCGAAUGUCAGCCUGGACGUCUUUCCGCACCGCUAACCUACCGGCAACAGAUGUCUGAGAGCGAGUCGACUGCGUAGAGGACGUUCCUCUCCGUGCGAGCGUUCCAUCUGCAGCCAUGAAUGGUGGUGCCAGUGUUUGGGCCAUUACGCCAGAGGAAAGAGGGAAACAUGACAAACAGUUUGACAACCUCGCCCCGGUCCUUGGCUACGUCUCAGGAGAACAAGCAAGGAAAUUCUUCCUCCAGUCUGGCUUGCCGCCUUCGAUCUUGGCUGAGAUUUGGAACUUAGCAGAUAUGGACUAUGACGGCAAGAUGGACCGACUGGAGUUUUCAAUCGCCAUGAAGCUGAUUAAACUUAAGCUUCAGGGGCUAAAUCUGCCCUCUGCCUUGCCAGUCAUCAUGAAGCAAACUCCUGCUUCCAAUAAUAACAAUAUAAACAUCGCUUCAGCACGAUUUGGAAUGGGAUCUAUGCCAAACUUAUCAAUUGGUCUGUCAUCCAUGUCAACUAUGUCCACCAUGCCCAUUCUAACACCCAUCCCAGCUAACCCCAGUUUACCCACUGUGCAACCCCUGAUGCCAAUGACCCUGCCUUUAAUUACCUCACUUGGAAACUCUGGGCUCCCUAACGGCACCAUCAACCUCCUGACCCCGAUGCUUGUUCCCAACAACACAGGYCCUCCUGUCUCUGGCUUUUCCUCUCCUAUGGCUUUCUCCCCACCCACUGGCAUGUCAAAGGCCAACUCUCUUCUGGACCUGGGGUCAAGCAGUUCUAAUUCUUCCUCCACCACCUCAUUGACCAGCAACUCUCCAAUGAUGGGAGCAGGUGACUGGGCCGUGCCACAGGCCUCGAGACUAAAGUACCGUCAGCAGUUCAACACGCUCGACAAACUCAUGACUGGCUACUUGUCAGGAGCCUGGCGGAUGUUGAUAAGGACGGUCAGCUGCAGGCUGAUGAGUUCAUUCUGGCAAUGCAUCUGGUGGACAUGGCUAAAACGGGUCGUCCUCUACCUCUCACACUGCCUCAGGACCUGGUACCUCCCUCUCUCAGAGGAGGAAUAAAGUCUUGUGAGCUUAUUAACGGAACAGGACCCUACAUGACUCCCAGUUUAAUCGACACAACAGAGGCAGAACCUGCACAGAAGAACAAGAGCAGUGUGUCCUAUGAGGACAAGCUAAAGGAGAACUUUGCACGAGGCAGCGCCGAGCUGGAGAAAAGACGGCUGGCGCUGGCCGAGGAGCAGAGGAAGGAGAGGGAGAGGAGAGAGCGAGAGGAGCGAGAGGCUCACGAGCGGAGGGAGAGGGAGGUCAGGGAGCUGGAGAACCGGAGGAGGCUGGAGGAGGAGAGGCGGUUGGAGAGGCAGAGGGAGAUGGAGAGGCAAAGAGAAGAGGAAAGGCUGAGGGAGCUGGAGAGAAAGGAGGCGGCAAAGCAGGAGAUGGAGCGUCAGAGGAGGGAGGAGUGGGAGCGAAGAAAGAGAGAGGAGCUGGGGAAGAGGAAAGAGGAGGAGCAAGAGGAGAUUUAUCGACUCCGGGAGAAAAAGAAAAGUCUGGAGUUAGAGCUAGAAGCAGUGGGCAACAAGCACAAACAGAUCUCAGACCGCCUCCGUGAUGCUCAGAGCAAGAGGCGGAUUCAGAAGGCGGAGGUCGACCUCAUCAAUCAGAAAAGAGACACUCGCAUCGCUGAGAUUAACACACUUCAGCUUGAAUUUGAGGACUGGCAGAGGAAACUCUCUCAGCUCGUUCCAGAACAACAGCGGCUGACUGAAAAGCUGCGAAACAUCGGCCUCAAGAAACUCCCCUCUGUGACUCUGACCUCCCUGACGGGCAGCGUGACGGAGAAGAGCGUGAACUGCCGCAGGCUGAAGGAUCAGCUCGAUAUUCUGGAAAAAGAAACAACAGACAAACUCAGUCAAAUGGAGCAAUACAACAAAGAGCUGAAGCUCGGGGAUAUGGAUGACUGUGUCCUGCGAGGCCUUCUCUCCCUGCUGGCCUGCCUCAGCCAGCUCUUCCUCCUCAUCAAGGAACUGAGGGAGAAGCAGGUGAAGCAGCAGGCCGUCCUGGACGACCUGUACCGAGUCAAAGAGGAGAAAAUGAGGGAGCUGCAGAGGCGCAGGGAGGAGGAGGAGAGAGAAAGGAAGAGGAGGGAGGAAGAAGAGGCGGCCAGACGGGCGAAGCUGGAGCAAGAGAGGAGAGAGCAGGAGCAGAGGGAACAAGAAAAGCGGGAGAGGGAGGAGGAGGAGGCGCGACAGAGAAGGCUCCUGGAGGAGCAGAUGGCCAAGCAGAGGGAGGAGGAGGAGGAGAGACAGGCGAAAGCUCGCCUCCGAGCUGCUCAGGAGAAAGCACAGGAAGAGGAGAGAAAACGGAGGGAGGAGGAGGAGAGGAAGACGAGGGAGUUGGAGGAGGAGAGGAGACGAAAAGAGGAGGAGGAGGAGGCGCUGCAGAGGAGGAAAGAAGAGCAGGAAGGAGGACGGCAGCUAACAACAUACAGAGCUCUGUACUCUUUUGUCGCCCGCAACGCAGAUGAGCUGAGUAUCGAUGCAGACGGUCUCAUCGAGGUGGAUGAGCACACUGUUGGAGAGCCCGGUUGGUUAUGUGGGAAUUACCGUGGAAACAGGGGCUGGUUCCCCCACAGUUACGCAGAGAAAUGUCCCGCACCGUCCACCUCCGAGACAGCUCAGUCGUCACCGGGAAAAAUAACCCGUCUGCCACCGACAGUGAACACAAGACACCCAGGUGUGGAAGCAGCAGGCGAMAACACUGUUUCUGCUCUUUUAGACACUUCACAGCCCUCGKCCACUCUGCUCGCUCGAGCCGUCUCUCCUUGGCCCGCCACCUCAGAAACCCACCUCGGUCCUUCCUCGGAGGCGAGCGGCGCGGUGCUGAGCUUCUUGCAGGGCGACGUCAUCAGCGUGCUGCAGCAGAGGGACGACUGGUGGUUUGGACAGCUCAACGGGACUCAGGGAUGGUUCCCCAAAACUUACGUCACUCUGGAGCCUGCUGGGAACUCAGACGUGGACGCAUUGGACUCGUCUGACUCUGCUCAGCUGGAGGAGUACGUAGCCUUGUACACGUACGAGAGCCCGGAGACGGGCGACUUGACAUUUGUCGAGGRAGAUGUGGUCAUGGUGACAGAAAGGGAAGGAGAGUGGUGGCACGGGUGCAUUGGUGACCAGACGGGAGUGUUUCCCUCCAACUACGUCCGGCCUGUUGAACCAGAGGGGUCAAGACCUGGAAGCAAGAAACCUGCAGAGCUCGCUCAGGCUGUCACCGCCGCCGAGGCCCCGACGGUGCAUCAGCUGCGUCUGUCUCCUGGGCAACUGAUCGUGGUCCGGGCCAAGAACUCCACCGGCUGGUGGCUCGGAGAACUACAGGUUCGGGGUAAAAAGCGUCAGAAAGGUUGGUUUCAUUCGUCUCACGUGAAGCUCCUGGGUCCGUCCAGCAGCAAGUCGUCUCCCUCCCCUCUGCCAGUUUGCCAAGUCAUCGCGAUGUACGACUACACUGCUGCCAAUCAGGACGAGCUGAGCUUCUCCAAGGGUCAGCUGAUCAACAUCCUGGACAAGACCAACCCUGACUGGUGGAAAGGGGAGGCCAGCGGGGUCACGGGGCUGCUGCCCACCAAUUACAUCAAGAUGACAACAGAAUCAGACCCCAGCCAGCAAUGUACACUAAAUUCAUUAUCCAUGUCAGAGCAUGGAAAAGCUGCUGGGUGUGCAGACCUGAUGACACUGGACACAAUGACCCCCCAGGAGAGGAAGAGACAGGGUUACAUCCACGAGCUCAUCCAGACCGAGGAGACCUACGUGGAGGACCUGGAGCUGGUGCUGGAGGUGUUCUACAAACCCAUGUCUGAAUCAGGCCGUCUGACAGAAACUGAGAUGACGGUGAUCUUUGUAAACUGGAGGGAGCUGAUUAUGUGCAACACCAAGCUGCUCAAGGCUCUGCGUGUGCGCAAACAAACGGGAGGGGAGAACAUGCCCGUUCAGCUGAUAGGAGACCUGCUGGCGUCGGAGCUCGCUCACAUGCAGCCGUACAUCCGCUUCUGCUCCUGUCAGCUCAACGCCGCCGCCCUGCUGCAGAGCAAAACCUACAACCAGCCCGACUUUAAGGACUUCCUCAAAAAGAUCGCCACUAACUACCGCUGUAAAGGAAUGCCACUGUCCAGCUUCCUCCUGAAGCCCAUGCAGAGGAUCACUCGCUACCCUCUGCUCAUCAAAAAUAUCUUGGAGCACACAGCAGAAGGCCAUGCAGACCGCGAGCCCCUGCGAGUAGCUCUGGAGCGGGCCGAAGAGCUGUGCCUUCAGGUUAAUGAGGGGGUCCGAGAGAAGGAGAACUCGGACCGACUGGAAUGGAUCCAGAACCACAUCCAGAGUGAGGGCCCUAUCGAGCACCUGAUCUUCAACUCGUUAACAAACUGCCUCGGGCCUCGCAAGUUGCUCCACAGCGGCCGGCUGCACAAGAGCAAAAGCAGCCGAGAGCUGUGGGCCUUCCUCUUCAACGACUUCCUCCUCCUCACGCACAGCGCCAAACCUUUCUCCUCCUCCGGAUCAGAUAAGUUGUUCAGCUCCAAAACCAACGUGCAGCUGAAGAUGUACAAAACGCCACUGUUUCUGAACGAGGUUUUGGUGAAAAUGCCACCAGACCCGUCAAGUGAUGAGCCUCUAUUUCACGUCUCCCAUAUCGAUCGGGUCUACACGCUCAAAACUGAAACUUUAAGCGAGAGGACAGCGUGGGUCCAGAAAAUUAAAGCAGCUUCUGAAAAUUUCAUAGAGACUGAGAAGAAAAAGAGAGAGAAAGCUUAUCAAGCUCGCUCUUUAAAGACCAGUGGGAUCGGCCGACUGCUGGUGACAGUCACUGAAGCUCAGGAGCUCAAGGCCUGUAAGCCCAACGGUAAGAGCAAUCCGUACUGUGAGCUGACGAUGGGGGCUCAGUGCUACACGUCUCGGCCCGUCAGCGACACGCUGAACCCGAAGUGGAACUUCAACUGUCAGUUUUUCAUCAAAGACAUCUAUCAGGAUGUCCUGUCCAUCACUGUGUUUGAGAAAGAUCAGUUCUCACCAGACGAUUUUCUGGGUCGAACYGAGGUUCCAGUGGCAACCAUAAAGAAAGACAUGGAAAGCAAAGGAGCAGCGAACCGUCGCCUGCUUCUGCACGAGGUCCCCACCGGAGAAGUGUCGGUCAAACUGGACCUGCAGCUUUACGAGCCGAGCAAAUGAGCACAGUCAGUUGUUUUACAAAAUGAGGAGACGUGCGCUGGAAGUGCCCGUGUUCAACUAAAUCAUCUGGAUUUUACUGUCCCUGGUUUCCUGUGCCAUGAGACAACCUGACUUUUUAUCACUGAUCUCCAGCCAGCUGAAAUGCGAAGAUAAUCGCAAAUAUUUUCUUAUUCAACGCUGAAUCGAAAUUAUAAAAAAGGCUCUAUAUUCUAAUUUUUUUUUCAAUGGCUGAGAUUUAUCAACAUUAUAUACUACUAAUGCAGGAAUACGACAUUCCCACUACCUACUGUUUAGUCCCACACUGCCUCAGAAAACACAACUUUACACUGUAAUCCUGAAAGCAAAGGGAUUUUACUUUAAAUGUCACUGAAAGUGCCAUGAAUAAAACGUAUUUAUGUAUA